AUGAAUUCUACAGUAUAUAAUCCUAUUCCUUUUGAUCAUACUUAUUUAUUAUAUGAUCCAAAUGAUUUAAUAUCAUAUAUAUGUGUUCAUUUUUCAUUGUUACCAAUUUAUAUAAUGGUAUAUUAUACAUCUUGGUUUUUAAUAACAAGAGAAAUAGAACCAGUUAUUAUAGUUGGUGGACAUCUUGUUAAUGAAGUAAUUAAUAAAAUUGUUAAAUUUCUUGUUAAAUCUCCAAGACCUAAAUUCCAUGCUGAUUUUGGAUCAAAUAGUAAAUAUGGUUUGACUUAUGGUUUCCCAUCUGCUCAUUCUCAAUUUAUGGGAUUUUUUGUUGGUUAUUAUACUUGUAUUGUCUUAUUUAAAAUUCCUAACAUGCCAAAGAAACAUAAAAGAAUUAUUUGUAUAAUGGCUGUAUUAAGUAUGUUUGGUGUUGCCUUUUCAAGAGUUUAUUUGUUAUAUCACUCUUGUGUUCAAGUGAUUGCUGGAUUGAUUGUUGGUGUUACUUUUGGUAUUGCUUAUUUUGAAAUAACUAGUAUGAUUAGAGAUUUAGGUAUUGUUGAAUGGGUAUUGAAUUGGCCAAUUGUGAAAUUUUUUUAUGUUAAAGAUACUUAUUAUUAUAAUUAUCAAACUUUUGCUCAAGAGUAUCAAACUUAUCAAAAACUUAAAUUGAAUAAGAAGAAUCAAAAAGUAAAAGAAAUCUGA